AUGCCGCUCACCGCCUCCUCUCGCCGUCGUCGCGGCUGCCGAGGCGGUCGCCGCAGCCGCAAGAAGGGUCGCAACUGGGCAGAUCUGCCACUGGACGCGAUAUUUGCCAUCCUCGACAAGCUCGACCACGUCGACAUCCUGAUGGGGCCCGGCCAGGUGUGCCGCUCCUGGCGCCACGCGGCGCGCGACGAGCCUGAGCUGUGGCGCCGCAUCGACAUGCGCAACCACGCCGAUCUCUUCAACCAGCUCAACCUCCACGGGAUGGCGCAAGCCGCCGUCCGCCGCAGCAAGGGGCGCUGCGAGGCCUUCUGGGGCGAGUACGCCGGCGACGACGAAUUCCUCGACUUCCUAGACGACCAGGCACCAUCUCUCAAGAGUCUGCGCCUCAUCUCUUGCUAUGAUGUCUCGACUGAAGGGUUUGCAAACGCGAUAGAGAAGUUUCCUCUGCUUGAGGAGCUGGAGCUUACAUUAUGUUUGAAUGUAUGUGGCGAUAAUGUGUUUGGGGUCGUUGGGAAAGUGUGCCCGCAACUGAAGCGCUUCAGACUGAGCAAGCACCUGUUCUACGACCAUGGAUUCAGUGGCUUCAACCCGGAUGAGGAAGCCCUGGGGAUCGCAACUAUGCAUGAGCUACGCUCUCUGCAGCUCUUCGCCAACAUGCUAACCAAUGAAGGACUCACCGCCAUCUUGGACAACUGCCAGCACCUGGAGUCCCUUGACAUCCGUCACUGCUUCAACGUUCACAUGGACGAAACCCUGCGAGCAAAGUGUGCCAGCAUCAAGACACUGAGGCUUCCCCAUGACUCGACUGCUGACUACGACUUUCAGGUUCAGAGCCCUGUCUGGCGUACACGCAAUGACUCCCAGAGUGAAGAUGAUGAUGAUGGUAGUUCUGAUGACAUGGGGUAUGGUUUUGACUACGACGAUCUGGACUCUGAGGACUACGACGACUACUGUGACCCUUCACGUUACCUUAACGGUGUCUACGAGGACGAGCUCGACGAAGAAGACAGGAUGGUCCUCAGGGCUAUGCGUGCGCUCUUGAAGUGAGCUGCUCCAUUCCGGGUGUCUGCAAUGGAAGUGCCUGGAAUGUUCCACCCUUUCGAUGAAAACUUUUGUUUCCCAGGGCCUUUUACUAUGUUCUCAACCGUGUGCAAUGUUCCUUGUGUUUUGCCACAUGAUCUUGUGAACUUACACAGUUCACAACAUUUUACCUCUG